GUAUCUUCCAGGAAGUAACUUUGUCGGUUAACCGUUGCCAUUAUGCCGCGAAAGAAGUUCGUUGUGGCACGUGUUUCUCAGCGAAAUUAAAAGCACACAUCUUGGGAUGUCAGCCUAAAAGUAAAACAGUAGAUUUUCUUUCCGAAAGACGCAAAAUAAUCGGAGCUGCGACGUGUGUUGCGCUAUGAUGUCAGGCUGGUUCAGUCUGAGCACGGAGGUUAUUCUAUUCAGUCUUUUUAUUUUAGGGGUUGUCGGUUAUAUUCUCUACUCAGGGCUAUUCACGAAGGUAACAGUGCGUACAGGUUGCCCUCCAAUAAAAAGGAUAACGUUCGCCUAUAAGUUCAAAGUUGGAGCCUACAAAAACUGCGGAUCACUGUUCAGGGAGGCACACAGUAUUGGACCGAAGCUCCUGUUGAUUGGAGUUUUUUACACGGAUCCCCAAAAGGUACUCGGUAAGCAUUGUUGCUAUGCUGUAGGCAGCAUCCUGAGUGAGGAGGGGCGUCAAAUCGACACGGAGCUCCUGCGGAAAUACGAGGCAGCAGGCUUUAACAUCUUUUCCUUUCCGGAAGCCAUGCACGUGGUCACGACCUCGUUCCCCUACAGGACAUAUCUUUCUGUUCUCUUCAGGCUAAAAGUCUACCCAAAACUGGAAAAAUAUAUCAAGGAGCGGAACCUAUGGGCACACCCGUUCCUGGAAAUUUACAAAAAUGGUCAGAUCCACUUCAUGGUGCCCCUGGACCGGCAGGGGGAUUUUUAUGUGCCUGAGUUCCGACCGUCAGACAGGAGGAAGUCAGAACAAGAGGAUUCCUACAGCAGCACAGAUGUCUCAGGUGCAGAAUCCAACAGCGAGGACAGCUCAGAGAGCGGGGUUCUCCUGCCAGACAGCAGGGAGGCGUCACUAACGGCGUCCUCCGUCCUCCCGCGCUCAGAUUCCAGACGACGGGAAAGCUCAUUUAAAGAGCCGGAGCGGACUGAAGGACAAGAGGAAGAGAAAAAUGAGCAGCAUCAUGAAGAUUCCAAAUACAGAAGCCUGGAGGGGCCCAUGCAGCAGUGGACGGGUGUUGGGGGUGAAGAAUAAAAAUGUAGUGUAGCCUGUUAAACAGUGAAAUAUGAUGAGACUGCAAAGGCACAGAUAUGACUUCUGAUUAGCUUGGAUUUUAUUAUGAUCUCAUACAAAGAACACAAACCAAUGACGUCAAUUAUUUCCUUCUUGUGUUUUAAACUUUUAGUUUUAUUUUUUGUCCUUCCAGAAAUGAACUCAGUUCUACCUUGGAUGUUGAUUAACAAACUGAAUAUUAAGUUACUGAGAUGAGUUUAUUUAAAGCUUUCAGUUUUUUUAUGCGCUUACAAAGAUUUAUUCUUUUUUUUUUUUACAUUUUUAUCUGGAUUUUUAAAUAUAAAUGGUGUUUGAUUCAGUCAGAAAAAUGUCAACUUUUCAACUUGAUUGUCUUGUCAGUUUUGUGUUCCAUUUUGUUGACUGAAAACUUGAAAUCUAAAACAGUGCUCAGGUUGCCUGACUUUCCUCAAAGAUUUAACAUGGAAAGGUUGUUUUUAGAGCAUUUUUACUUGAAAAUACUCACUGUUAUUUGUUCCAACAAUGAGUGGAAUUCAGUAAGAAUAGAAAUAUUACAGAUAAAGUUGAUUUCACUGUCUGUAGCAUUUCAUAUUAAAGUAUUAAAAAAAAGAAUUUACCAAAAUC